AUGACAACAGAGAAAGACCGGGAAAGCCGAAGCAUCGUGCAGGUGUUCCUGGGGGAAACGAGGGAGAUAGCCAGUCUGGUUGCCAACCACAGUACUGGUGGUCUCUCGGCUCCGGUUUUUGCUGUAACUGAUGACAAUUCUGAAGCUGAGGUGACUCAAUCACUUGAUGAGCUUUUUGGAGAGCAGGAGACCAUACCAAGUAUGACCCCUACAGAGCAGGGAGAUGGAAGUGCAGAAGAAUCACCAUUGCAUCCAAGCCCAGAAGAACUUGUCUUCCCAGAUUCUUGGUGCACACCACCCGCUGCAGGAAGGAAAAAGGACAAGACCGUCCCUACCAAGGAGAGAACGCAACCGACUUCUGAAGAAAGAAGAUCCAAGAUCGCCUGGCCAGCUAUGAACAACAGUGGAUGGUCAUCGUUUGAUGAGGAUUUGGACCAAGUACUUCAGACAGCAUUGACAGGAUCAGUCGAUAGGAAGCUUAAAGCAUUACCUUCGAUCACCUACGCCUUAGGGAAGGAGAGAUUUGGACUGGAGCAGAAAGCAAACCUCUCGAGACCGCCGCAGGUUACAAACAGAAGACUCUGUGAAAUAAAAAAGCUCCGAGCAGAACUGCGAUCCCUAAGGAAACGCUACAAACAGUCAAGCGAGGUUGAGAAGAAGGGAAUAGUUAAACUAACAGAAGAGGUUAGAUCAAGGCUGAGGACACUAACAAACGCAGAGAGGCUCAGGCGGAAAAGGAGGGAUAGAGCAAAGAAGAGAAAAGCCUUCGUUAGUGACCCCUACAGGUUCACACAGAACUUGCUAAGUGGAGAGAAGUCUGGGAUACUUGAAAGCAGUCAAGAGGAUGAAGAAACCUUUUUGAGGGAGGUCCACUCCGACCCACUAAGAGAGGAACCCCUUGGAGAGUGCAGUAGAAUCCUACCAGUCAAUGACCCAGACUGUCCAUUGAACAUGAAAGAACCCACUUGGAAGGAGAUCAAUGAAGUGGUCAAGAAAGCUCGCUCUUGCUCUUCACCAGGCCCAAGUGGCAUACCAUACAAGGUUUACAAGAAAUGUCCAAAACUUCUCCCAAGACUGUGGUCACUCCUGCGAACUGUUUGGCGAAAAGGUACUGUUCCGUCAUGUUGGCAAAGUGCAGAAGGAUGUCUGGCACCGAAGGAGAAGAACUCCAAGACCAUCAACCAGUUUCGCACCAUCUCGUUGUUGAGUGUGGAAGGGAAGAUUUUCUUUUCAAUCCUAGCUAAGCGAUUGACAACAUACAUGUUGGAGAAUGAGUAUGUGGAUAUCUCUGUGCAGAAAGGUGGGAUCCCAGGAUUCUCAGGGCGUGUUGAGCACACCAGCGCACUCACUCAGCUACUCCAUGAAGCUAGAAUCGACCACAAAAACCUCAGUGACAGUGCAAGAAAUCUCAUUAUGAACUACUUCAACAGUAUCAACUUGAGUUUCUCUAGCAACACGUUCACUACAAAUUGGUUACAACUGGAGAAGGGGAUUGUUACGGGAUGUACUAUCUUGGUGAUACUGUUCGUGAUGGGCAUGAAUAUGAUCAUCAAGGCAGCGGAGAGAGAGUCAAGAGGGCCCAAAACAAACACAGGAAUUCGUCUACCAUCCAACAGGGGAUUUAUGGAUGACAUGACUGUCACCACUGAAACCCACAUACAGGCUAUAUGGAUUCUGACGGCCCUUGAUGAAACAGCAACGUGGGCAAGAAUGAGGUUCAAGCCGGGGAAGUCGAGAAGCUUAGUGGUUAGUAGGAAGGGAAAGGUGACAAGCCAGUUCAAACUGUGUAUCCAGGGAGAAGAGAUUCCCUCCCUAGAGGACAAACCGAUUAAAUGCCUAGGGAAAUGGUUUGACUCCUCACUGAGAGACACGCAUUGCCAGGACAUGCUCAAACAGCAGGUAGCUGAGGGUUUGCAGAGAUUAUAG